AUGGCGAAUCAGUGUAGGAAGCGAGUCAACGUAGAACAGAAGGAGAGACAAGGUACCGCAAUCGUGCUUGGCAAAGGAUGCACAGAGAAGCCUAAGACAUUGGUCGUUUGCGAGCAUCAAAGGGUUACUUUCUGGCGGCACAAGGCCCCUGACGAGUAUCGGGGGUUGUUAGUCGCUUGGCACCUGGGAUAUGCCUUCCCCGGUUCGAAGUCAAAGCUCUAG